UUUGAGGUGGCUUCGGCAGCUGUGCUGUGCUACCGUUAGAGGCUCCAUUUCCCUGAGACUUGACGGCCAUUCGAGGCGAAAAGGCUUCGGACUAGAGAGGAGCAGGCGCUGGCAAUGCAGGGGCCGCCACGACCUCAGGCUGCCUGGAGGGAAGGAGCCUGAGGGCCCCCGAUGUCGUUUGGGCCUUUGCUUUCUUCCUUUGCAGGGACACUGCCUACCGCGAAGAUGAGCUUGUGCCGAGGCACCACCUCUUUCAAAAAGGAGCAUCUUUGGAUGUAUCUGCAGACGCUCGGCUUCGAGCCAGGCCCGGCCACCACUGCCUGCGGAAAGGUCGUGUCACACACGCACCUCGGAGUGAACAUGUUUGACAAGCCGAACCGUGAUGCUUUUCAAAUAGUGUCUUAUUUCUUGUUUCAAACACUGGACCAGUCUCUCACUAAAGAAGUUUUCAAGUUUUGUUGGCCUCCAUUUGAUCAAAAAAGUGAAACUGAAUUCCGGAAACAUUGCUGUGAAUGGUUAAAAAAAAUUUCUGCUGAAUGUGGAAGUAGUUUUCCUCAAGUUGUUGGUUCACUGUUUCUUUCUCCUGGUGGUCCUAAGUUUAUUCAUCUGAUGUAUCAUUUUGCAAGAUUUGUUGCAAUAAAAUAUAUAAAAACCCAUUCUAAAGAUUCAUCCAGACGUGUUGCAGAGACAUUUAAUGUAAACCCACAAGAUUUGCACAUGUGCAUUGCCAGGUCCCAUGUAGCACGUAACAGAUUUUUACAGAUUUUACAAAGAGAAGAUUUUGUUUUCCAGAAGUAUCAGGAAAAUGCACAAUUAUUAGAUAAAGAAGUACGAAAUUUGAAAUCAGAAUGUAUAGGACUGCAAAACCAAAUAAAAAAAAUGGAACCUUAUGAUGACCAAAGUGAUAUACAAGAGAAAAUUCAAAAGGUUCGGUCUUUGUGGGCUUCAGUGAAUGAAACACUCCUGUUUUUGGAAAAAGAGAGAGAAAUAGUUAGUUCGGUUCUUAGUCUUGUUAACCAAUAUACUUUAGAUGGAACUAAUGUUGCUAUCAAUGUUCCAAGACUCUUACUGGACAAAAUUGAGAAACAAAUGUGUCAGUUGCACAUAGGAAAUGUUUAUGAGGCUGGAAAAUUGAACCUGUUAACAGUUAUUCAGUUAUUAAAUGAAGUCUUGAAAGUAAUGAAAUAUGAAUGUUGUCAGGCUGACCAAGCAAGACUGACAAUAGACCUUCGUUUUCUUGAAAAAGAGACCAAAUUUCAGAAAGAAAGAUUAUUGGAUCUGAAACAUAUGAGGCAUAAAUUAGAAGAAGAUCUUACAACUGUAACACAUUCUAUUGUUGAAAAACAAGGAGAAUGGCAUAAAAAGUGGAAAGAAUUUCUUGGUCUGUCUCCUUUUAGUCUAAUUAAAGGUUGGACUCCAGCUGUGGAUCUUUUACCACCUAUGUCUCCUCUUUCGUUUGAUCCUGCCUCAGAAGAAGUAUAUGCAAGAAGUAUUCUUUUGCAGUAUCCUGCUUCACUUCCAGAUACACCUAAACAGCAUAACCAGGAAAAUGACUGCAGAAGAGCCAGCGAUGUACUGGGAACUGGAUGUGAUCUAACCAACAGCUCUGCUUCUUUUCUGUUGCAGCCAGUUUCAUCAUCAAAUGGAAACAAUGUUACAGUAUUUGAAGAGGAUAUGAAGAUGAAAACAUCUAGAGAAAAAACUGAAGCAGUUUCUAAGAAAACACCAGAGUGUGAACGGGAAGACCUUCCAUCAUCAGAUAUUGCAGCGAAUACAGAGAGUAGUGCAUUUGGAGGGCCUCUGCCAGUUAAAAAAAUCGAUCCAUUUCAAAAAGAGCAAGAUCAUCUGGCAGAAGAGGUUGUGAAGACAGUUUUAUCUGAUUCACCACAGCUCUCCACAGGAAAAGAAGUAAAAUUAGAGGAACUGAUUGACUCUCUAGUUUCUAACCCCUUCUUAACAAGGAACCAAAUUCCCCGAACUCCAGAAAACUUGAUCAGUGAUAUUAGGAGCUCAUGGAGAAAAGCUGUUGAAAUGGAAGAUAAAAGAACUACAGAAUCAAUUCAAAUGGAUACUGAACAUAGAGAAGGUCUUAAGGAUAUUGAUUUUGGCAUAUUACAUGAAACCCUUCCAGAAGAAGUUGGUCAUUUAAGUCUUAAUAGCUCCAGUAGUACAGAGGCAAAUUUUAAACUGGAACUAAAUAGUCCUAUGCACAGUAGCAUUUUUCCAGAAGAUGCUGUGGGAGAAAGACAGACUACUCCAAAAUCAGACUUCAGUUUACCAGCUAUUUACAGUAGAUAUGAGGCUUUGAAAAAAUCUCUUAUCAAGAAAAAGGAAGAAACCUACCUCUCUAAUUCUGAAGCACCUGAAAGACACAAACCAGAAUUGAACCCUACUCCUCAAAACAUGCAAACAGAUGAUAUGCUUAACCUUUUGGACACUCAGGAUUUGCACACUGACUAUACAAAACCAUCUUUACACAUGUCCCUUGGUGAAAGAAAACAGUCUCUUUCACCACUAAUUAAGUUUUCUCCAGUGGAACAGAGAUUGAGGACCACAAUGCCAUGUAGUCUUGGAGAACUUCUACCUAAUUUAAAAGAAGAAGGAAUCUUGAACAAGAGCCUUGAUGCAAAAGAAUCCCCGUAUGACUUGAAGAGAGAAUUUACCUAUGAUGCACACUUCAGUUGAAGCAAAUUGAUUUAAAAACAGACUUAAAGCCCUGGCUGAUGUGGCUCCAU